UACACUGCCUCGGCCAGCUGUCAAGCACUACUGUCAUCCGCGACGAAGACGAGGAAAACGAUUUUCAACCAUGAAGAUGGCUGACGGUUCUACGAUCCUGCGAAGAAACAGACCCGGAACCAAAGCUAAGGACUUCUCCAACUGGCCCGAUGAACCGUUCGAAGAGAUGGACAGCACUCUUGCAGUGCAGCAAUUCAUUCAACAGAUGAUCAAAAAAGAUCCCUCCAAUGUGGAGCAGAUUCUGACGAUGCCCGACGGGCAGGAUGAAGGUGUUUGGAAGUACGAACACCUCAGACAAUUCUGCAUGGAAUUGAACGGGUUGGCGGUGCGACUACAAACGCAGUGCUUUCCCGCAACGUGCACUCAGAUGACAGCAACUGAACAGUGGAUCUUCCUUUGCGCGGCUCACAAAACGCCGAAAGAGUGUCCGGCAAUAGACUACACGCGCCACACGUUGGACGGGGCCGCCUGCCUUCUCAAUAGCAAUAAAUACUUUCCUAGCAGAGUAUCAAUCAAGGAAUCGUCAGUGUCAAAAUUGGGUUCGGUUUGCCGGCGCGUUUAUCGGAUUUUUUCCCACGCGUACUACCACCAUCGGCGAAUAUUCAAUGAGUUCGAAGAGGAAACGUACCUCUGUCUGCGAUUUACCCAUUUCGUCACCAAAUACUCUCUGAUGUCGAAGGAGAAUCUAAUCGUUCCGAUUCCCGAGUGCGAACUUACGCCCGGCGAAAGUGAAGCCUAAGUAUGCGGGAAAGUUAAAGCUGUUACAUGAAAGCUCUAAAAUGGUUUAGAUCCAACACACAAAAAAUGCAGUGACAAAGUGUUCAUCACUUCUUUAAUUGUUCAUUCUCGCACGCGUGAGAUGCUUAUUUAUUUCACGAGCUAUUUUUAUUUUAUGUAUGAUACUCUGCUACUUAUAAAAUUUAUUUUUACGGUUUUCAAACAGCGAAGUUGUUUUAUGCAAAUAAUUCCUCUAUCACUCUUGAAAUUUUUGGUUAUAAUCAACGGAAAAUGUUGAUAUUUGCAAAAUCUACAAAAUUUUCUACUUUCAUCGUGUAUAUUUAAACAAAAUUAUAAUCAAGGGUAAAACAUAAUUAUAAACACUUUAUUAAGGUAAAUUGCGAAUACUAAUCGUGCGUAUUGGAAACAAGUCAUUCGAAAUAUAUAUCCUACUCAAAUCAAACAAAAAAAAUGUCCAAAGGUAAAGCUGAUCAAUUAAUAAUCAGCAGAAUGCAAACAAUAACUAUCUGUUAGGAUAACCAAACACUGAAAACUUCCGUCUAAGCUAUUGUUUCAUCAAUUUCCCGACCGUGUACCGACGGUUUUUCCUUUUAGCCUUUGUCGUUUGAUCGUGGACAAACGCCAGUCUGUUUUGUUUUCAUCUAAAAAGACUCGAUAACAAAUCAUAAAAACAAACUGUAUAAUAAGAAUCGUAAGAGGAUUGUAGUAGGAGAACACAAAAAAAACAAGCAAAAGAAAACUACUGUUCAUAGUGUAAAAAUAACGGAAUCUUAUUCGAGCAACAUACAGCAUAAUAUGUGUCAGUUUUUUACGCUACUUGAGAUUAGAAUAUAAUAACUAAUAGCAGAAACACACCGUUUGCAAAUAAUAAAAUCACAAACUCAUAUAGGAACCACAUAGUAAAAAGCGACCACCAAUAAAACAAAUAAAUAACAAAAAGUGUUGAGCAAAAUGACGAGAAAAAGUGUUUACACCUGCAAGGAGAAUAUGUAAUCUAGAAUUGGAAAACAGGAAAGUCAAAUAAAAUCAUUAGUAUUAUAUUGAAACAA